AUGGAUUACUACUAUCCUAACAAUGGUGGCAGAUAUAAUCAACAUCAGUUUCAGAGUAGGGUUGAGCAUCAACAGCAGGAGCAACUACCACAUGGCUAUGUCGUGCCACAUGGAGGUGGACAAUGUUCUGCUCCACUGGGCAGUUACGAGCACCAGGCAGUAGUGCCUGCACACAACACGAGGCAUCAGCAUCAGCAACAGCAAGAGAAUUAUCAUGCAGAACAUUACUGGUUUGACACGAAACACUGCAGUGGGAGCAGCCCUAUGAAUCAAUUCCCUGACCUGAACAUAAUCAGCAAUCUGAAGUACAAUCAGGCAAACGAGGCAGGAGGUGAUCCAAGACCUCUCCCACCUCAUUCACAGCAGCAACCAUUGCCAGCCACAGCUCUGCAACCACAGAAGCGAGGACGUGAGGAAUAUCACGGUAACCUCCUCCUGGAAGAUGGUGACAGUGCGAAGAAGAUAAGGAAAACUGAGAACGACACACCAUCAACUCGGAUUAGUAGUGAAGCCCAUGCCAGCAAAGGAUUGAAGCGGAAGGCCACAGGUGCAAAGCUGAAGACAAAGGCAAAGACGAAAAUUGAUGGGGAACAAGCUAUGGCUCACCUUCAAGAGCAAAGCCAUUGGUCAGACGAGGACACCAAACUUUUGCUCGAAACCCUGCUAGGUGGCGACAGUGAAUUCUAUGAAGGCCUCACUGGCAAUGCUAAACACAUCUUCAAAAAGGUCUCCGAACGUAUAUUGAAAGGACGAUGCAGCCCGGAGUCAAUCAAGGGACAUUACGAGCGCUUACGACGAGUGUUUUCAUAUAUCUUGAAUUUCGAGUCCAUCACUGGCAAUGGCGGUGGUGAUCCUGAUGUUGAAGUCCUUGACGAGAAGAUUGAGAAUGCUCGAACAGCUGGGAAGGAUAUUGGGAACUUAUCUGGGGCUACCUUGAAAAAAUGGUACGACGAGGGAUGGUACAAACUGUUCAACAACAGACUUGGUGAGCACCCGGAACUUGUGCAAGAGGAGGAUUUUCGCUCUGGAACGAUCUUGGAUACAAUCAAUAUCAGCAGUGAUGAGGGUAGUGAUGGUGAAAGCAAGGACAGUGAUACGGAGAGGAAGACUAAGCCAAAAGCAGGUCAACCUGCGCGCAAAUCAGUUUUAUCCGCAGGUGACAAGAAAGUUAAGCCAACAUCGCAGAAAGGAGUCCCUGUGCCGCGGCACAAACGCAAGGCUUCGCAGACUGGUAUCGGCAGUGAAGCUGCUGAGUUUUUCGCAUCAAAUGUCGAAUUCCUGAAGGCAACAGCAGAUAGCGACAUUGCAUGCUUGAAACUCCUCGAAAAAUGCGAGCUCCGAGAGGACAAACAAUAUAAUUACAUGGUAGAGAAAGGGCGGGCUGAGAUGACACUGGCAGAACAUGAGGCGAAGGUGAGGCAUGCAAAAGAGAUUUUGACUACAGAUGGGAUGCCAGAUAAGCUGAAAGCGGCAGCUCAUCAAAUGUUAUUGGACUACUUCACUAUUGGAGGUCAGAAGUUCUGGUUCAUCAUCCCCGGCGGCUCCGCCAUAGCCAGAGAUAUCAACAUCAGCUCGGUCAUCCUCAGCGUCGUCAUGAUCAGGGUCAGAACUAUCAAACAGUGGAAUGAGCUCAGGUACAUCUCCAAGGUCAAUGCACAUAUUGUGCAGAGCAAAAAGUGCCUCGACAACACGGCGGCAAAUCCUUCAAACUGGGAAAACGGCCCUUGA